GCGAGGUUCCUUCGAGCGGCUUUGGAGUUGCCACUUUCCGCUGCGUAAAUCCCGCGGAUCCCUGUCCGCUGCUACUUUCCCCAUUGCCAACGAAGACUUCUCGUCUAAGCAUUCUCACCUGAUAAGGGAACUCUCAUCUCUCACCGAGCGCAGCAAACUCUCUGCUCCUGCAACGAUCAUCGGAGAAGACGGAGCGAAGAAGUUUCUCAUGGGUAAUCUUCUUGAUCUUUUGCGACGCAUUUUCUUCGGCGGAGAAGAGAACGAGGGUUUCGAUCGAUCGAAUGCAACAAGUACAAGUAGCACUCAUGGCGGAUACUAUCAUCGGGCGGACGACUCGCCAACACGAUCUCCGGCGCUGACGUCAACUAGGAGGACGGCGCAAGCCUCGUCGUUUCCUUCAUCACUUACCGCUGACUCAUUCCACUUCGUCAAGCCCCAGCUUCCGGUGCAGCCCCGUCAACCUUCGCUUGGAGCUUCUCCAUCUUUCUCGCAACCUCUGCCGUUCGAGGUUCAGGCAGCUCGCCCUCUUCCGCCCAAGCCGUCACCCACUGUCACCGACGCCGCCGAUCCCGUUAAGCGCCAGCAGCUGUCACCUCCUCCACCUGCCGCCCCGUCGCAGUCGCGUUCCGCCGUCGCCACUGCCAAGCAUCAGCCCCCGUCUAAUCCCUCCGAACCAUCAUGUCGGGCUUCUCCAUCUUCCCCUUCGUCGUCCAAGGCAGCUACGGCAAGUCCUCUUCUAUCGAAACCGCCUUCUGCAUUUGCUACCUCGACGCAGUCGCCUUCCACCACGGUCACCAGUGCCACGCGCUAUGUCGACAAGCGUCAGCUGCCGUCGAAACCCUCUGAACCCUCGUCAAAAGCUGCUGCAUCUUCGUCUCUGUCAUCCAUGGUCUCUGCAACCAGCGCUCCUCGAUCAAAGUCGCCUUACGAACCUGUCCUCACCGUCCUAGUCGAUACCACUAGCCAAUUCACAUCCAAGAAUCCCCGCGAAUCUCGGCCAAACACUUCUUCUCCUUCGUCCAACGAUUCUGCAUCUUCUUCUCCUUUGUCAUCCAAGGCGUCUCCAGCUUCUCCAAUCCCGUCAAAAUCUUAUCCAUUUAGCCUCUCAUCACAGCCACCUGAAUCUGACGGAAGAUCGCCGGGAACACCUGGAUCCAACCUAAAGCGCACGACUCCAAGAUACGACAUUCCGGAGCAUCUGCAGGUGAUGAUCAAGAGAGACAUAGUGCCGCCAGUUCUGAAGAUGCCAUUGUCUCCGCAGAAUUAUGCCGAAUACUUUGCAACCUUGCUUUAUGCAGAGGACUACGAGCAAGAGAAAUGGAGCGAUUAUUUACUGUCGGAAGUUACUCUGGACUUGCGGCCAAAGACCGAGUUUAGAACUCGGAACGCCGGACAAACCGGGAAGAGCAGUAAGAAACAGAACGAUGUCUAUCCCUUUGUAGCUUUCGAGAUCGACGCAGUUCCUGAGAGACGGCCUUAUCUUUUAUCAAGAGAUUAUGUCAUUCUGAAACCUUCAGGCAACACGGACGCUGCACCCUUUAAGGGAGUCAUCGUACGCGUGGUAAAGAGUACAACGGUACUGGCAGAAUUCGAACAUGAUUUCCAUAAACAGCAUUCGCCGGCGAAGAAGUACGACGUGAACUUCUCCUUCAACAGAGUUUGCUUGAAAAGGUCUCAUGUGGCCGUCUCAGCUGCGGCAGAUCCUAUACUGUGCAAAAUCCUCUUCCCCGAUCCAACACCGCCGACCAAUUCCUCGUGCUCACCCAUAUUCCAGGCUUCACUAAACAUCAGAGAUUCCAAGAUUCGCACGUUGAGAAGGAUUCAAAACCUUGAAGGCCUUGUACCUUAUCUCAUCGACGGACCGCUUAUAGAUCAUCGACCUCUCAGUGACAUGGAGGCCGAAUCGAAUCUGAGCAUCACGGGAGCUCGAUCAAAUCUUUCUAUCACGGGGCACAUCAUUCGGGAAGCCAUCGUCCGGAUUUACAGGGCCUCCUCCGACUGCAGAAUACUUGUGUGCUCUCCCAGGAACAAGACGUGCGAUGCACUCAUGCAAAGUUUGUUCGACGAAAUCCCAGAGACGAAGUUGUUCCGAGCUUAUGCAGCCUUUCGAGACUGGGAGCUUGUGCCCGAGGACAUUAUGCCGACAUGCAUGUACGAAGGGGAGUGCUUCGUUUGCCCACCUCCCGAUGAGCUGCAGCAGUUCGCCGUGGUGGCGUCUACGUUCAUGAGCAGCUUCAGGCUUCACAGCGCCGGAAUCAGAGCCGACCACUUCACUCACAUUUUCCUGGUGGAUGCUUCGUCCGCCAUGGAGCCCGAAGCGACGGUUGCUCUCGCAAGCCUGGUUAGCGAGAAGACGGUCAUCGUAAUCACAGGUUCGUUGAACGACGGGCCAAAAUGGGUGAGAUCAGGAAUGGCACGGAGGAAGACUGGACUGAAGAGAUCUCUGUUCCAUAGGCUUCGGGAGCGAGAGCCCUACCGCAACAUCGAUCCUACGUAUAUUAGCAUCCUCAGCCCAAACUAGCCGGAAAGCAAUAAAGGGUUGCCUAAGAUGAUAUAUAGAACUGCGGUGAUAGCGUUGUGUUACGUACGAGACGACGCUCCAAGUUGUUCUGUGGAGCGUCUCCUGAUCUGACUUUACUCGAAAAUAUUAUUAGUAAUGCAAUAAAUAUAUAAUAAAUUCCUAAUUAUUUUUUGCUUGUGA